AUGGAGUGGACAACUGUGCACCAUCUGGAUCUAAGACAUGUCGGCCGACGCUUGCACAAACCAUUACAACCUCAUGCUGCUGCUUUUCACCCUACUCAAACUCUCAUUGCCGCCGCGAUCGGAACUUACAUCAUCGAAUUUGAUGCAAUAACAGGAAGCAAGUUGUCCGCAAUUGACAUUGGUGCAUCUGUUCUUCGCAUGGCUUAUAGUCCUACUUCUAGCCAUGCUGUUAUUGCUAUGGUUGAGGAUGGUACGAUUCGUUCCUGUGAUUUUGAUACGGAGCAGAGUUGGGUUUUGCAUUCACCUGAAAAGAAAAUGGAACCGAUAUCUUUCGAUACUGAAGUUCAUAUGGCUUUGACCCCAUUGCAACCUGUUGUUUUUUUCGGCUUCCACCGCAGGAUGAGCGUAACUGUGGUUGGAACGAUUGAUGGAGGAAGGGCUCCGACAAAAAUAAAGACUGAUUUGAAGAAGCCUAUAGUAAAUCUUGCUUGCCAUACGCGCCUUCCUGUCCUGAUCAGAUUGGAUUCUGACAAUACUGAGUUUGUUGCUUAUGCAGAUGGUCUGAUUCGAGCUUACAACAUUCACUCAUAUGCUGUUCAUUACACAUUGCAACUUGAUAAUACCAUUAAGCUAAUUGGUGCUGGUUCAUUUGCUUUUCAUCCGACGUUGGAAUGGAUUUUUGUUGGUGAUAGACGUGGUACCCUUUUGGCUUGGGAUGUCUCAACAGAGAGACCUACUAUGAUUGGAAUAACACAAGUGGGCUCCCAACCAAUCACAUCACUUGCUUGGCUUCCAUUGUUGCGGUUACUUGUUACUGUUUCUAAGGAUGGAACUUUACAAGCGUGGAAAACACGAGUGAUACUCAAUCCUAAUAGACCUCCAAUGCAAGCAAAUUUUUUCGAGCCUGCUGGAAUUGAAUCAAUUGACAUCCCGCGUAUUUUAUCUCAACAGGGUGGAGAAGCAGUCUAUCCUUUACCGAAAAUCAAAGCCUUAGAAAAUAUGAAUGGGGGUGACAAUGUAAAAAGUAGGGCUGCUUACACGAGGGAUGGAAGGAAACAACUCUUUGCUGUUCUGCAAAGUGCAAGGGGAUCUUCAGCCUCUGUUUUGAAAGAAAAGCUCUCAUCCUUGGGCUCAUCAGGAAUUCUGGCUGACCAUCAACUUCAAGCACAACUGCAAGAGCAUUAUCUCAAGGGCCAAAGUCAGCUGACAAUUUCGGACAUUGCAAGGAAGGCAUUCCUUUACAGUCAUUUCAUGGAAGGCCAUGCCAAAAGUGCUCCCAUAUCUCGGCUUCCUCUCAUCACUAUUUUGGAUACCAAACAUCAUCUGAAGGACAUUCCUGUUUGCCAGCCUUUUCACUUGGAGCUAAAUUUCUUUAACAAAGAGAACAGAGUACUGCAUUAUCCUGUCAGAGCUUUUUACCUUGAUGGCGUAAACCUCAUGGCAUAUAAUCUCUGCUCUGGAGCGGAUAGUAUAUACAAGAAACUUUACACAUCGAUUCCUGGAAACGUGGAAUACCAAGCGAAGCACAUGGUGUAUAGUAAAAAACAACGUUUAUUUCUUGUUGUUUAUGAAUUCAGUGGCUCUACAAAUGAAGUAGUCCUUUAUUGGGAAAAUACUGAUACUCAGCCAGCCAACAACAAAGGAAGCACUAUCAAAGGUCGAGAUGCUGCAUUUAUUGGCCCAAGUGAAAAUCAAUUUGCAAUUCUUGAUGAAGACAAGACUGGAGUGUCUCUGUAUAUUCUGCCAGGAGGAGCUUCAAAGGAAGCUGGUGAAAAAAAUUUAUUACUUGAAGAAAACCAUUUUGCUGAAACAAAUGGUGCCUCUCUUCGGGGUCCUAUGCAGUUGCUGUUUGAAAGUGAAGUUGAUCGUAUUUUUACCACACCAUUAGAGUCAACUUUGAUGUUUGCUUCUAAUGGGAGCCACAUUGGCUUUGCAAAGAUGGUGCAAGGAUACCGGCUUUCAACUUCAGAUGGUAAUUACAUAUCAACUAAAACUGAAGGGAAAAAGCCAAUCAAGUUGAAAGUGAAUGAGAUUGUCCUCCAGGUGCACUGGCAAGAAACUCUUCGAGGCUAUGUUGCAGGGAUAUUAACCACACACAGGCAUACAUAUUUCUUUGAACACUUAACUUAUGUGCACUAUAGAUCCCUUUUAUGGCUUGGACCUGCUCUUCUUUUUUCUACUGCCACUGCAAUUAGUGUGCUUGGCUGGGAUGGAAUUGUGAGGACAGUUCUUUCUGUUAGCAUGCCCUAUGCAGUUUUGGUCGGUUCUCUGAAUGAUAGAUUGCUGCUUGCAAACACAACAGAUGUUAAUCCCAGACAAAAGAAAGGGGUCGAGAUUAAGAGCUGUCUUGUUGGACUCCUUGAACCUCUUCUUAUUGGAUUUGCCACAAUGCAACAAACUUUUGAGCAGAAGCUUGAGCUGUCAGAAAUACUGUACCAGAUUACAUCAAGGUUUGACAGCUUGCGUAUCACACCAAGAUCUCUUGAUAUUCUUGCCAGAGGUUCUCCUGUUUGUGGAGAUCUUGCAGUUUCAUUAUCCCAAGCUGGUCCACAGUUCACUCAGGUGUUGCGGGGUGUGUAUGCUAUCAAAGCUCUCCGUUUUUCUACUGCUUUAUCUGUUUUGAAGGAUGAGUUCUUGCGUUCUAGAGAUUAUCCAAAAUGUCCUCCAACCUCACAUUUAUUCCACCGGUUUCGCCAGUUGGGAUAUGCAUGUAUUAAGUAUGGUCAGUUUGAUAGCGCAAAGGAAACUUUUGAAGUCAUUGCAGAUUAUGAAAGCAUGCUUGAUUUGUUUAUAUGCCACCUUAACCCCAGUGCCAUGCGGCGUCUUGCUCAGAAACUGGAGGAAGAAAGUUUGGAUUCAGAGUUGAGGCGGUACUGCGAAAGGAUUCUAAGAAUUCGCUCUACUGGGUGGACGCAAGGCAUUUUUGCCAACUUUGCUGCUGAGAGCAUGGUUCCCAAAGGUCCUGAAUGGGGUGGUGGAAACUGGGAAAUUAAAACUCCUACUAAUUUGAAGAGCAUACCUCAGUGGGAGUUGGCUGGAGAAGUGAUGCCAUACAUGAAGACUGAUGAUGGUACCAUCCCGGCCAUUAUUACAGAUCAUAUUGGUGUUUACCUGGGUUCAAUUAAAGGAAGAGGCAAUGUUGUUGAAGUUAGGGAAGAUAGUUUAGUCAAAGCAUUUAUCCCUGCUGGUGACAAUAAGCCAAAUGGGCUUCCAAAUUCUUUAGUUAAAUCUAUAUCCAAUAAGUCAAAUGGGCAGCCUGAUGGUCAUGUGAAGCUUGAUUCUUUGUUGGGUCUGGAAACUGUCACCAAACAAAACGCAGGUACAUCUGCUGCUGAUGAACAGGCUAAAGCAGAAGAGGAAUUCAAGAAAACAAUGUAUGGAACUGCUGAUGGUAGCAGCAGUGACGAGGAAGGAGUGCCAAAAACUAAGAAACUGCAAAUUAGAAUUCGAGAUAAGCCAGUUUCAUCUACUACAGUGGAUGUCAACAAGAUCAAAGAAGCUACAAGGCAGUUUAAACUUGGUGAUGGUUUAGGCCCACCCAUGAGGACAAAGUCAUUGACUGGCUCUCAAGACCUUGGUCAGAUUUUAUCCCAACCUCCUGCUACCAGUGCAAAUGUAACCACCACUGCCCCAGUUUCUGCUCCUGGUGAUAUGUUCGGUACUGAUUCAUUAACGCAGCCAGCACCAGGUCCUGCAGUUAUGGGUGGAGGACUUACAGCUCGACCUAUCCCAGAGGACUUUUUCCAGAACACAAUACCUUCCCUGCAAGUUGCAGCAUCACUGCCUCCUCCAGGAACUUAUCUUGCAAAACUGGAUCAAGUUUCUCAAGGGGUUGGAAGCAUCAAUGUAGCACCCAACCCAGUUGCUGCUUCUGUGACUGAUAUUGGUCUUCCUGAUGGUGGCAUUCCACCUCAAGCAACUCCACCAUCUGCCCCGCUUGGGUCCAUUGGACUUGCUGAUGGUGGUGUCCCACCGCAAGCUUCCAGUCAGGCUGCUAUUCAACUUCAGCCUCAAGUUCAAGCGCCUCAGGUCCCCCUUUCCACGCAACCUCUUGAUCUUAGUGUUCUUGGAGGCCAAGAUUCAGGAAAAUCUCCUGCCCCUGCGUCUCCGCCAUCAUCUGUGAGACCUGGACAGGUUCCCCGAGGGGCAGCUGCACCAGUAUGUUUCAAGACUGGACUUGCACACCUUGAACAGAAUCAACUUCCUGAUGCCUUGUCAUGUUUCGACGAAGCUUUCCUGGCACUAGCUAAGGAUAACUCUCGUGGAGCUGAUAUUAAAGCUCAAGCAACUAUCUGUGCUCAGUACAAGAUAGCAGUUACUCUCCUUAAGGAAAUUGUACGGCUGCAGAAAGUUCAAGGCCCAAGUGCACUCAGUGCAAAGGAUGAGAUGGCAAGAUUGUCACGGCAUCUGGGUUCUUUACCUCUUCUGGCAAAGCACAGAAUAAAUUGCAUCCGAACUGCCAUUAAGCGAAACAUGGAAGUGCAGAACUUUGCUUAUGCCAAACAGAUGCUUGAGCUCCUUCUGUCCAAAGCUCCACCAAGUAAGCAGGAUGAGUUGAGAAGCCUGAUUGACAUGUGUGUUCAGAGGGGUUCAUCCAAUAAGUCUAUUGAUCCUUUGGAAGAUCCUUCCCAGUUCUGUGCUGCCACACUCAGCCGUCUUUCAACAAUCGGAUAUGAUGUUUGUGAUUUAUGUGGAGCCAAAUUUUCGGCUCUCUCUGCACCUGGAUGCAUCAUCUGUGGAAUGGGAAGUAUCAAGAGAUCAGAUGCACUCACAGGACCUGUGCCUUCACCAUUUGGCUGA